ACAGAGGACACAGACAACCACUAAAAAGUAGUUUUCAGAGUUCAAAAUAGUAAUCGUUAAUAUUUCUAUUCUGUAAUGCGCAUUGUUGUAUCUGCGCGUUCCCGUUGUAGUUGACCUCCCCAAGUCUCUUUCUUUACUAGACAUGUAUCUUGAAAUAAUCAGUUUUGGUAAUUUGCUUUAUUCACAAAUGCAAUUUCAAAAUACGAUUUAAUGUAUUUUCUCAGGGGAAAAUGGUUAUUUCGAAGAUACACUGGCCACACCCUGUAGUUUAGGGACUAACAUGUUAUGAUCUCAUGCUGACGUCAUCGCAAUAUAUAAGCUUCUGUCUCCGUGACUGUCGCCAUUUCUGGAUCUAAACACAGGUUGAUAGCUUCGUACAAAGAAGGGAUUAGAUGAAGAAUUAACGACGCGCCAUUUUGUAGUUCAUUGCUUUUUUUUGAAGAAGCCUCGGUACUGGAGAGCCCAAGCUUUGCGAGCAGCACGUCUUUGUGCCCUAGCUCAGGAGCCCUGAGAAAGCCACCUACCUUUUUCUUCAAAUCACAAUUAGUGUUUUUUUCAGCCAUGAACGAUUUUCUAUAACCAAAGUCAAUUGUGUGUGUUUUAAAACCACAUAAAAAUUCCCGAGGCGCCAGAGAAGAGAUUUGGAUAGGUGGCACACACUUGCUAGAACAUUUUGGCGAAGCAGUCCAGAAGGCAGCCGCAGCAGUUCUAAAAUUGAUGUAAUCAUUUGGGAGGAGGCUCCUCUUUAUUGUAGUGGAUGUUAAGUACAGGAAGAAUUGUGCUAGAAUGAGCCAGGAAAUAAUAGAGCCACAAGAACUCCUAAAUGGGCUGGACAGUUUGCUAGGCAGAGAUGGAGAUGUAAAGACGGCAGAUGGCAUGUCAAAGAUCUACAGUUUGAUGAAAGAGGCUAAAAAGAUGGUAAGCAGAUGCAUCUACCUGAACAUUCUGCUACAGACCAGAUCCCAGGAGGUCCUGAAGAAGUUUAUUAAAGCUGGAGGAUAUGAAUUGCUGAACAGUUGGCUUACAUAUUCAAAGUCCACUAGCAAUGUCUCGCUCUUGCAUCAGAUUCUGCUAACUCUCCAUCACUUGCCUCUGACAGUUGAUCAUCUCAAAAUGAACAAUACAGCAAAAAUAGUUAAACAGUUGAGCAAAUCUAGUGAAGAUGAAGAACUUCGGAAAAUUGCAGCAUUGCUAGUGAAUGAUUGGAUGGCAGUCAUACGCUCCCAGAGUAACUCUGGUCCAGCAGAAAAAGAUAAGAAAAAAAAAGAAGACAACAAGAGAUCACCUGUGCAUGACAAAUCUCCAGAUGGGAAAAAAGAAAUAAAGUUAGAGAUGAAAGCAGAAGAAGUAGAGAAAAAGGAAAAACCUAAAACUGUGAGAACCACUGCACCUAGCCAUGCCAAGUUCAGGUCAACAGGGCUGGAGGUAGAACCACUGGUUCCAGCUGCAGCAAAAAAGAAUGUUAGUGCAUCUCCAAUCAGUGAAAAGUAUAACCUAAAACCAGCACCUCUGAAAAGACAAAGCAGCUCUGUUCUACUGCCACCAGAAGUGCCACCUGCAGAGAAAAAAUAUAAACCAUUGAACAUUACUCCAAAUGCUGCAAAGGAGAUUAAAGUGAAGAUUAUCCCACCACAACCUAUUGAGAGCACUGGGUUCCUGGAUGCCUUGAAUUCUGCUCCUAUACCUGGCAUAAAAUUUAAGAAGAAGAAGAAGGUCAUGUCACCAACAUCGACCAAGCAAAGUCCAUUUGAAUCUAAAACUGCAGAUGCUAGCUCAGUCAAGCCUCCUUCACCAGAGGCUGCACCAGCACCUCAACCGCCAGUGCCAGCAGUUGCAGUGAUGGCACCUGAGCUAAUGGAGGUUGAAAGGCCAGGAACUCCAGUACCAGCAGUUGAAGUUCCUGAACCAAUGGAAAUGGAAAUGCCAGAGCCCAUUAUUGCUGUGGAAAAUAAGCCUGAGGAAAUGAUGGUUGAUCCUAUUCAACUAACCAAAAAGGGAAAGAAAAAGAAAACUGUGAGCUGGCGUGAAGAAAGCAAGCUAAGAGAGUACUUCUACUUUGAGCUGGAUGAGACUGAGCGAGUGAAUGUUAACAAAAUUAAAGAUUUUGGUGAAGCAGCAAAAAGGGAGCUGCUUAUGGACAGGCAUGCCUUUGAGACCGGACGUAGACUUAGCCAUGAUGCAAUGGAAGCAAAAAUAUCUUGGACCUGUCCCAAUUUAAUUGACUUGGAAAAGCCACUGGCAGAACCAGGCAGUGGUAGCCGAGAAAAGUUUGUUCAAGCAAGCAGAGAGAGGGGUAUCCUGCAAGAGAUAUUCCUUUCCAAAGACAGUGUUCCUGACAGUCCAUAUGAACCAGACCCAGAGGCUUAUGAACCUGUUCCACCCAAGCUUAUUCCACUGGAUGAGGAUUAUUCUAUGGAUGACAGUAUGUACCAAGAUUCUGGUGAAACACUUCCUGCUUCACAGUCUCCCGAUAGUGCCACAAGUGCAAAGCUGCCUCCAGUGUUAGCCAAUCUCAUAGGUAGUAUGGGAGGUGGCAAGAGUCCACAGCAUCUCAGCACCAGCACUUCUGUCAGCGUUCAGGAAAUAAUCUCUUCAAUCAUGGGAGGACAUAACAGCCAGAAAACGGAAGACCUAAUGAAACAGCCUGCCUUUUCUGACAAAAUCAAGCAGCUUCUGGAGAGUUUACAUAACCAGCAAUCAGCCUCACCUAAUGUGAGUCAAGGAUUACUGGGAUCCAGUCCUGUGGCAAAUUUUUCACCUGGUCCAAAAAAUGUUCCGCAUUAUCCUUCUGGACAUGGAGGCUCUUUCACUGGUCCAAAUGGCAGUGGUCCUCAUGGCGGUGGUUCUGGCAGUCCUCAUGGAGGUCCUCACGGGGGUGGUCCUAGUGGUCCUCACGGGGGUGGUCCUGGUGGCCCUCAUGGGGGUGGCCCUCGUGGCCCUCAUGGGGGUGGUCCUCAUGGAGGUCAUGGUAGUCAUCAUGCCCCUCAUGGUCCUGGAGGUCCUCAUGGCCCUCAUAGUGGCCAUGGAGGUCCUGCUGGUAGUGCUCGUGGUGGGCCUCAUGGUGGGCCUCAUGGUGGUGGUCCUAGAAUGAUGGGUCCUCCACCUUCUUCACAAGAUGGGUACUGGGAGCAACCUAAUGAGAAUAUGCGAGGAGGUCCCCAUGGAAUGCGUGGAGGAGCAUACCAUCGAGGAAGAGGUGAACCACCCAACUUCCGUGGAAGAGGAGGGCGACGAGGUGGAAGAAGUGAAAGAGGAGGAGGUAUGGCCAACCGCCCUGUUUGUCGUCACUUCACACUUAAAGGCAACUGCAGGUAUGAAGGUAAAUGUGCUUUCUACCAUCCGGGCGUCAAUGGCCCUCCAUUACCUUAGCUGAUAAAGUGUAAGACUUUGCCUUAAGCGAGUGAGGACUUAAUGAGCAGCUCCUUUAUUUAAAGAGCAGAAAGUUGUCAUCUGUCUGAGCAACUCACUAACCUCUUUGGAACAAAGAAGUCAUAAAUGGACCAGGCCAUUGUUUUAAGAGCAACAUUUCUUGAUAUGAAGACCACUUGUGUCCUGGUGUCAGAGCACUGGAUGGCACUGCUCUUUUCUUUUGCUUCUGUGAGGCAUAAUUAAAUGAAAUUCAACUCUGGAUGGAGUUUACCUUGCACUUCGUUCACAUGAUGUGAACCCUGCUGGUUUCUUUAUACAAACGGAUGGAGCACAGGAGUGCUAAAACUGCAUAGUAGUGUAUCUCAGACUUUCAACAAAAGGAACCGCUGUUCUUGCCAAAGUCGUCAGUGUUUUGGCAGUCUGAAUUUAUUUUCAAAGAUAUGUCAACUGUACCAUUCCAAACAAUGCACAAAACAGUAGUAUAACUUAAUCCUAUGUAGUUCUUGUAGUCAGGAGGAUGCUGUACCCCCUUUCAACAACUGUUAUUUCUGUUGCAGAGUUAUAAAUGUCACAUAAUGCAGGCACUUUAACCCAGCAAGUAAUUAUAAAUGUCAGAUCCAGUAACCACUGCCGUAUUUUCUUUCUGAACCAGGUCAGUGGCAAAAUGCCAUUGCAGUACCCGGGGAUGCAAGGGAGAUCAUUCUGUGAUUUUUUUCCCUAGCUGAUUAUAUUUGAAUAUUGGAAAAAUAAUCGUCAAAUGUGUAAUAUUCGGUGUAUUCUAAAUUUUGUAUUGUGAUCAGCAGUGUUGUAAUAUACAGUGGUUGGGUUGAUUCUUCAGUACUGAGGAAAAGUAUGUUGGGGUGGAUCUACAACAUAUCUUUUAUGUUUUCAAAUGGACUAAACUGGAGAUGACCUCCUUAAUCAAAAACUUAUCUUUGACACAAGCAUGCCACUGAAAACCAUAUGGUAUUUGUCAGUAAUCCAUGGACUGAGAUUUCCUCACUGUAGUGAGGAAAGACCUGUUUUGUGUGAUCCUUCUCCGAGGUGUUUUAGUAGCCAGUGUACUACCAAAACCAAAGUUUAACAGGAGAUUACAGCUUGAUCAUAUGAACGUUCAGUUGUCGAGGUUUAUAACUGAUGGUCAUUUAUUGGCUCCUGACCCUUUUUAAAAGUGUUUUUACAGGUAUAAAUUGUUUGUAUGCAGAUGACUGUAAAGGAACCAUAUGUUCUCAUUAGUACUGUUAUAGUUUUAUAAGAUAUUUUGUUUGGUUUCAAAGCUCUGCAAAGAAUUACUAAUUUAUAUCUGUACAGGUAAAUUAAAACCUUGUCUACAGUGUUGUGUGUACAAUCAGAGUCUUGAAAAGCUGCUGCUGCUGCUCCAUAUGUUAUCAUGUUUUCUGUGAAAACUUUAUUUAUUGGUCUCUUUGAGAACCAUUUUCAUGUGUGCAGUUUUGUCUUUUUUUUCUGUAAAUAUUUUGUACAUUGUUAAUAAACAUGAUCAA